AUGGCGGCAAUCAGCACCAGCACGUUUUAUGCGAGACGGCCAGGCUCAUCCACCAAGAAGGCAGACGAAGUACUGCAAUCAAUUUGCGACCGGAAAACUUCCGAUAUUUCGGACUCCGAGAAUGAAGACGACGUUGACGACGUGAAUGCCGCGUAUGAUUCCGACACUGAGGAGUAUGUUGGUUCAUCUUCUGAUAGUGACGACGACGGCUCCAGCGGCGUAGGAAUUUCGCAAAGGCGUCCUCUGUGGAAGGCAGCCAAUUCUUCACCAGCAAACAAUGUACCUGUUCUCGAGACAGGGUGUGUUUUUUCGGAAGCUAGAUUGGAGUUCUCGCCUGCCGACUACUACAAGCAGUACGUAGAUGACAACAUGCUCGAAAAAAUGGCCGAGAAAACAAACCAGAGAAUUCUGAGAGAGCGUGGAAUCAUAUCUAAAAUCACUGGUCAGGAAGUUAAACAGUUCCUGGGUUGUUCCAUGCUGAUGGGAGUGAUUGGCUAUCCAAGAAUACGAUUUUUUUGGAAGAAGGGCCUGGCUGUUAGCUCAGUAGCCGACACCAUGCCACGGGAUCGUUUCUUCUUACUGCGAUCUAACCUGUGCUGCCAACUUGACGAUGACAUCAGUGAUGACGACAAGAAGAGCGAGAGACUUUGGAAGGUUGCGCCUUUCGUUGAGAUGGUGCGAAAGGGCUGCUUGGGCUUGGAAAGACCCAACUGCUUGUGUGUGGAUGAACAAGUCAUCCCAUUUUCAGGGCGCUGUCCUAUGAAGCAGUAUAUCCCUAACAAACCAAAUCCUGUGGGCCUGAAAAACUUUGUUCUCACAGGAAAGGACGGGUUGAUUUAUGAUUUUGCAAUUUACAAAGGCAAAGAGACGUUUCCAGACUUUGGCCUUGGCAUAUCGGGCAACUCAGUCUUGAAGCUGGUUGAGACAGUGCCUGCAUGCUCCACGCUUUACUGUGACCGUUGGUUUUCCUCGGUCGGUUUGAUGGAUGAGCUCACGAAAAAGGGCAUUUUUGGCACCGGCACUCUGAUGAAGAACAGAAUGCCAAAAGAGGCCCAUUUCACAAAUGACAAGAAUUUGUUGAAGAAAUCUCGGGGCACUUCGGAGCAGCGACUGCGACAAGACAGCACGCUUGCUUGCACAAAAUGGGUCGACAAAAAGCCCAUUGUGAUGCUGUCGGCUGCCUUUGGAGUGGAGCCUGAAGAUAAGUGCAAAAGAUGGUGCAAGAAAGACAAGAAGCUUCUGGAUGUCCCGCGCCCAUCCGUCAUCAGAAACUACAAUGCAAAUAUGGGUGGUGUUGACUUAGCUGACAGAAUGCUCUCCCUGUAUGCUCAAAGAAGCCGCACAAACAGGUGGACACUGCGUACAAUUCUUCACAUGUCUGAUCUUGCUUGUGUAAACAGCUGGCUUCAGUACAGAGCAGACAAGAAGGCCGAGGGCGUCCAAAGAAAAAACAUUCUGGAGUACCUUGAUUUCAAGCUUUGCGUGGCCGAAGCAUUGAUAUGGCAGAAGGUGAUCGCAACUCGUCAAGAAGACGAAGAUGACCUAGACAUCCCACCAAGGAAGAGGCCAAAAGCUCUGCCAUCAGAACAUUUCCGCAAAACAGACGCACUGCAUUUGCCAAUGAAGGACGACCUACCAAAUGGAGCGAGGUGCCGGAACGCUGGCUGCAGCAUGAAGACACGCCACAGAUGUGCUCGGUGCGACGUGUACCUUUGCAUAGAAGUUGGAAGAGACUGCUUCUAUGAAUUCCAUUCGUGA